UCAAGAUGGGCGCGUUGCCCUCUCGACUGCGGCGCCUCACUUGCUGUGAGUUCUGAUACCGAAUUGCUCGAUUUCCAUGGCGUCCCGCGGCGUUGGAGCAGUGGACGUGCGGAUGAGCUAUCUUGCGGAUCUGCCCUACGCCCAGGCGGCGUUCGGGGCGUUCUUGGCGGCAGCAGGCCCUGCCUUGGGCCCAAAAGCCACGACGGCGCUGGUUGCGGCGGCGGCGCGCGGGGCAGCCCAAGGGGCGGCCGCGGGCAGCAGGCCGUGUGCUGGCGCAGGUGGCGACGACCAGGACCCCGUCGGCGACAUGGACGUCGUGCUGGCGAAGGUCAAGGCCGUGUCGGGGCACGCAGGCGAGCUGAACGUCACGGACGCGAAGCGGUGGCUGCGGGCCCACGGGGAGCGGGGCAGCAAUGCCGCCGCUCGGCUGGGCAAGCUCAGCAAGCUCCGCAACACCCAGUCGCACCCGCUCGCGCUGCAGCUGAUCGUGGAGGUCGGGCAGUUGGCGGCGGCUGUCGGCAAGGAGGAGCUGAAGAAGGGGGACGGGUCGGGGUGCCACAAGGGCGCCGAGGCGGGCCCCGCCCCCCCCCCAGCGAGGAGAAAGUCAAGGGCGGCGCCGGCGGGGAGGGGUGGGGACUGCAUGCAGCCAGAGGAAGCAGACCUGUCGGAGACGGUGGACGACAUCACGGUUCUGGCGAGCGUGUCGGAGGCGACAGCGACGGGCCCUGAGGAGAAGUUCUCGGCGAAGCCAGCGAAGCUGAACAGGGAGCUGAUCCAGGUGGACAUCAAGCUCGCCCCAGACGUCGAGGCCAAGCGAGUGCUGAAGGUAAGGGACUCGGACGACAUGUCGGAGACAGUAAGCUCGUCGGAGCAGGAGGUGGCGGGCCCAGAGGAGAAGUUCUCGAUGAAGCCAGUGGCCAAGCAGUACGGGGAGCGGAUCCAGAAGGACAUCAGGGACGCCCCAGCCUGCGACUACCUCGAUUGGAAGUACCAGCUCAAGUCGGCGAAGAUCGACGAGUUGGUCAAGGUGUGCCUCUCGCGCGAGGAGUUUGAGGAGAAGCUCCAGGCAUGGGAGGACAACCUGUGAGCUCUGCGGCCAGCACGGGUGCGAGAUGCGUGCAGAGAUCCUGCAGUUCCUGCCGUGAGUGCCACUGCCUCGGCUUGAUCAUCGGCAACAGCAGCCAUACUCGAACGUACAGCGCGCCUGGUGCUCCAGAGCCUCACCCGUGCCGCCACUGGAGAACUCCGGGGAAUUCGAGCCCGUCGUUUCAAUCAUCUCGACGGCUACCAGCAACAGUCGCACUUGCAUGGAAGAGUAGAGCCCCGCAGUUUCCUUCGGUAUUGAACCAGUGACUCAGUGACCAGUGCUGCUACCAGUCUACACGCUCAUACCGCGGAACCGCGGACCAUCCAACAGUCGACACGUCUCACAUGUUCUCGCAUGCUGAGUCUCUAGGCUUCCAGAGGUGCCCUCGUGGAUUCACGAUGGCGCUUACAGACAGUCUUCCCGACUACCC